AUGCUUUAUCUCGUUGGUCUCGGGCUUGGAGAUGCCAAGGAUAUCACUGUAAAAGGGCUUGAAAUAGUAAAGAGAGCAGAUUAUGUAUUUCUAGAGGCAUACACAUCAAUUUUAUGUGUUGGACAAGAAGUUCUGGUAUGUAAAGUUCAUAAAAAUGCUCUGUGGCUGACUUGAACAUGACCAAAAGAACAAUCAAAGCAUACGUUGAAGGACGCUUAUUUUUUUAUUAUGGUUAUCAAUGAUUUAUCCAAAGGGAUUUUGUGUACCCUACCAACUCUCAGCAACAGUAUGAUGUGUCAUCUUGCAUCAAAAGCUUAACUUCUUGCUUCAUCUCUGCCACAUAAACCACUGUCAAUGGAGCUGACCAGGAGCUACACAAAAACUAUUUAUAUUUUCUCCAUUUCUUGUCCAUAAAAUGUACUUCUCUGAAAAACAAAGUCCUCUAUAUAGAUCCAGCUCCUAAGAUAUACCCUAAACAAUGGUUGGUUCUAACUGGUUGUUUUAGCACCACAUGGUUUUAUAUAUUUGGGCAAGUGAACAACUAUUUGUAGACUAAAAAGGUCAUUUGCAUUAGUUGAUCACAUGAACAACUUUCAGUAAAUAUAAAAACAGUUCGCUUUUGAAAAAUUUUGUUAGCACAAGCUGAAAAAGCAUAUUAGAAUUAGAUAACCUGUAAAUUUUCAGCCGUAUUUCUCAAAAGUAGAUUUGUAUGAGAAAAACAACUUUUGUCACCCAAUCACGCUUGAAUGGUUUUCCAUACAACUCCUUAUUUCUGAAAUUUUUAAACUGUCGUUAAAUCUUUCCCUUAUGCAUUUAAGGGCUCAAAUUGCCUGUUAUGAAUUAAAAGCAGAUUUGAGCCCCGUAAUGCUUAAGGAAAUAUUUCACGAAAGUUUGAAAAAUUUGAAAUUUACAAGAAUUUGUAUGGAGUACCAUUCAAGCGUGACUGGGUGGCAAAAGUUAUUUUUUUCAUACAAAUCCUUCUAAUUUUUGGCAGCCGUUGUAAUCACUACUUUUAAGAUAUACGGCUGGAAAUUUGCAAGUUACCUAAUUUUAACAUGCUCUUUCAGCUUGUGCUAACAAAAAUUGUCAAAAGUGAACUGUUUUCAUGUUUAUCGAAAGUUGAUCACGUGACCAACUAAUGCAAAAGGCCUGAUAAAGUCAGCUCGUGUAGUACCUCGGUAGGGGUGGGGGUGGGGGGGGGGUAGUUGGGUCAGUUUUUAGUGGGUAUUUGUCACUGGCUUCUUUGAACCACUACCCUAGCAAUUAUAUUCAAUUGUGUGGCCAAUGAUAGACCCCAUCCUAGUUACUUUUGGGGAAUUAUGUGAUUUUUGUGAUUCCAGCUUAGGUCACCUCUGCCUUAUAAAGCCUCAGCUGGGUCAUCCUAAAAUGAAUUAACAAAUUAUGUUUAUCCCUGAUUUUUCUUAUCCCCCAAUACUGAAGGUGUGCAACUUAGUUACUCUAUUGAAAAUUAAACCCAUUAUAGUCUAUAGUUAAAAAAAGGUAAAGGCAUACACGAGCCAAAGGUCCAAAUGGCUGGAUCUUAUUCCAGCUUCCUUAGAAUGAAGCAUGCCUAGGAGUAUUGCUAUUCUCCCCUGGAUGGGAUACUAGUCCAUCACUGGGUUACCCCACUGCAGUAUGUUGCCGGUACCCAUUUAUUAACCUGGAUGAAGAGAAACAGUUAGUGGAGUAUAGUUCCUUAUCUAAGGAAACAAGGCGAUGGGUGAGGCUUGAACCCCGGACCUCCAGAUCCAGAGUUUGAGAGAUGAACCACUUGGCCACACACACUUCCACAUUAUAGUCAAUCUAACCAUAAAAAAGGUGACCCCAUCUAGUGCCAAAUUCCCAUUAGCCUAUCACCAGGGAGCACCCUCCCCCCUCCCCCCGUGGCAAAUUACAAGACAUGACUAAAACUUGGAUCAGAUAUGACAAAAGAUUAUGAAUAGGGUUUUCGAGUGUUGAUCCAACCCAUUUUGGGAUACAGUACGAGUAAGUACCUUUUGUACAUCCCAUUGAAAUUAAUAUUAUUUCAUCACAGGAAGAAUUUUAUGGGCGCAAAAUACAGUUAGCUGACCGGGAAACAGUGGAGCAAAAUUCUGGUAAGGACUUGUACUAUCCAAUAACUUGUCAUGUUUAGCUAGUUAUUGUUUUCUAUAAUAGUGUGGCCAUUCACUGGAUAAUGAUAUUUAUUUAGCGAUAUUCAUUAAUUCCAUAUCAUGGAUAAUAAUUAUCAUUCAUUCAUUCACCAUGUUAACUGGCAAGUCCAUGUGAUUCAGACAAAUGCCAUGUUUUUAACAGCGAGAUGUUAGGAUCCAAGAUCUGUAUACUAGGGAAAAAAUCACUUCCUUGAAUCUAUCCCUGCUAAAAGUAAGUUAGAAAUUUUCGAGCAAUUCAAUGUAGCUCUUGAUGCUAAGAUCAAUGAUAGUGAUUAUUGAUUAGCUAUUUGAACCAUAGGUGAAUGACCCAAACAUAGCCUGUUCUCAAACAUUUUUAUUAAAACAAAUUUGGUGAACCAUGCAUGCUUCACUCAUGCUCAAGAGCAAGCCAGAAACAUGAUAACAGGUGCAAGGCACGAGAAAAAGAAGAAACACACUGUCUAUUUUCUCAUUUCUAGAUCUUAUUCUGGAGCAUGCUAAUAAUAAAGAUGUUGCCUUCUUGGUUGUUGGAGAUCCAUUUGGGUGAGUAUGCAUGUUUGACAUCUUUUCAUAGAAGUUACUUGUUUUCAGCACAUGUACCUCUCAGGGGAAUGAUUUUCAUCCUUCAUCAUAAGAAAUCACUCUAGCUAACAUGCAUAUUUAUUCUACUCAUAUGUGUAGUUUAUUAUCUUAUCAGAAUUUGCAUUGCAUGUGACUCCCACAAGGAUCGCUAAGUGAAGUGUGAUCUUGCUUUGGCCAUUUCUUUCUAUUGGUGUGGGAAUCUGCAGUUGCCUAGCAACAAAGCAGUGAGUUAACAAAACCGUGGCAAGUUUUAGCAGCUGUUUUAGGUCAAGAUGUGCUUUUAGUGAUGAAUUUCAAAGGCAGGUGAAAAAUACUUUCAAGAGAAAAUGGAAGCGAUUUGGACCAUUAGCCUUUGUUUGCAAGGUUCUGCAAUUCACAUAUUUCUAGUUUCUAUACCAUGUUGCUUUUGAACUGUUUCUUGUCAGUGCAUGUGUUGUGUUUUUUCAUAGUGCCACAACACACACUGACCUUGUUCUGCGAGCACACCAAUUAAACAUCCCAUAUCAAGUUAUCCAUAAUGCUUCCAUCAUGAAUGCUGUGGGAUGCUGUGGACUUCAGGUGAGAGGUAUUACCAUAACCAAGACAAUGUGAACUGACCACCUACCCCUCCCCUAAGUCAACAUUAACACUUAACUCUCACUUAGAGCAAAAUUGUGACUUAGGGAGGGGUAGGUGGUCAGUUACCCUGAAACCUUAAUUGAUCCAACAAUGUCGGUGACAUGAUAAAAAAAGAACCUUAUUAAGGGAAACAUUUGUCAGAAUGGCCGGCAGGGCUGGUCUUUUUGAAAUUUUAGUCUGUUCUGAGAAUUUCCCGUUACCUGUCUCUGCUGUGCACACUAUUUUAGAAAUUGAUUGAUCUGGCUGGACAGUCCUGAUUAACAGUAGAAUUCUCUUGACUGGAGUGUUCUAGCUAGGCAAUUCUGAAAAAAUAAUGAUAAGCCCAAAAUAACUGAUAUUAGAGGAACUGGUCUGUAUUUUACAUUUCAUGCUUGAGAUGUUGUUUGUAUUUGUUGUUGUUUGGUCGGCAUACAUACAUGGUGAUCAGGGAUGCAGUAGCUCCAAGAUGUAUCUUUUGCAGAUUUAAUAGACAGUGCUUGUUUAUUUUGCUUCAUUACGUAUUUCAAUGCUAUGUUUUCGUUAGGAAAUUUGGAAUUUUGUUGAGUUUAAACUUGAAUGUUUCUUUGCUAUGAACAUUAGCUAUACAACUUUGGUGAGACAGUGUCCAUAGUUCUGUGGACAGACACAUGGAAACCAGACAGCUUCUAUGAUAAAAUCGCAGCAAAUAAGAAACAAGGCCUUCAUACUCUCUGCUUAUUGGGUAGGUCAUUUAUGCAUCUCUCCAUUAAAGGAGAAAUUUGCUUUUCUCAAGAACUGACGGUUUUGUAAUUCAGUUUUCAUGUUUUAGCCUUUUUUAUUGCUAUUUUUGUAAACCCCAUUUUUUGCUACUAGCUGGCAGGCAUGGCCAAGGAUUAAAACUUGGGAACAAAUCCAGCUAGAGGUCAGGGUGGGAUUUGAACUCGGAGCCUCUUGAUUUACAAGUCCAUAUCUCUAACUGCUCGGCCUUUGUGCAUUUAUAUGUAAUACCAGUCCAAUUUUGUCUUGCAGACAUAAAGGUAAAGGAGCAAUCCAUGGAAAAUUUAAUGAGGUAAAAGUUAUUGAUUAGUUUGAGCUUAAAGAUUAGAAACACAAACAAGGAUAAAAGGGAAUUAGGACUGGAGACAAAGGGUUGAGUUACUUAAUUAAUUUGAUCUUGCAACCUUCUAAGCCAUUGAACCAUCCUUUUGCUUAUAAGCACCUUAAACAGAGCUGCAUAAUUAUAAGAGGAUCCCCUCUACCUUUUUGCGAAGUGUGGUUGGGGCUGUUUUUUUUCUCGUGAAAUGUGAUUGAUUAAAAAGUUAUUUGUCAUUCUCGAAAUUGCGUGCUGGUGAAAGCGGUUUCGGAAUAGCCCAGGUUCAAUAUAAUUAUUAAAAUUCUAACAUGACUCUGCCUUGCUCUGAGGCUAAAUUUUUCACGAUUCCAUUGUCUCGCAAUUCCCAGGACAGACUUGAGUACAAAGAAAACCAAACCAAGUGUACAAAAAUGACCAGAAAGCCUCGGAUUCAUGUUAGAAUUUUAAUAUAUCGAACGUAGGCUAUUAAGUCUCAAGAUUCGUGAACUAUACCGUUUGGCGUGAACUGAAUUUUUUGCAAUUUGGCUGAAUUUUAAGCCGAUUAUAUUAUUGGCGAAUUUCUUUAGGGCAAAGAGAUUCUCAAGAAAUUGUAGCGUGUAAAUUGACCGUUUCUUUGAGCAGACAAAUUGUAGUGUGUAAACCUGCCUAACGGCAUUUGGGUUGAUGAACGUAUUGCCCAUACUCCACUAUUAAGGGGCGGGGACCGUUUGGCAGGAGGCUUUUUUUCUCCCCUCCCUUCUCCCACCACCAUAAACCCCAACGCCCACUCCCCUCCCCCUCGGUACCUGUGAAACCAAGAUGACCUCCCGUGACGGUAAGCACUCGUUCUCAACGAUGUUAUGGAAAAUUAGGGGACUGUGAACAGUGAAAAAUGUGAUUGUAAUAAAGAUUUUUUUAUGAACAUUUUCAGAGGCAAAAAAGUAUAUGAGCCACCUCGGUAUAUGAGCGUGAACGAGGCUGUGAAACAGUUACUGGAAAUUCCCAAGACCAGGGAUUUAAAAGGAGAAGAACCAGGUACGCGUAAAGCUGGCAACCCACAGGCAGAAAAAUUGGUCUAUUGGCAGUUAGACUUGAAGUAGUCUUAUGAGACUCCUGUAAAUGGUGUUGAAUCCAUUUUUUCCGGGUACCCCAGUUUUCCACCUCUCCUAAAAAAAAUCAGCAUUUCUUAAUUGGUAGACAAGAGCUACUUUGUACAUAUGCUACCACUAAAAUAAUAUUUAUUAUUUUAUAAAUAUUUAUUUAGUACAAGUGAUACAGUGUACUCUCUCUCUCUCCCCCUGUCCCCUUAAUUUAGAGUUAGUCCCUGCCUUUCUUUACUCCUUUUAGUUGACUCUCUAUGAGACGGGCAUUUCUGUAAAAUAGACUCUUUCUUAGGGAGAGCUAAAUGCGGAAAAUAUCUUACCGCCCUUUGUUCUCUUUGUAUUGUUUUUUACUGCCCGCAGCUUUGUUCAUGUCUUCCCCCGUUCUGUGUUUGCGUAGUCCUUGUACGUGGUCGCGCGAUAUAGUAAGGACUUUAGGGACGCAGACGACAUCGAGAACGUCAAAAAGCAAUAGGUUUAACAAGCAAAACAACAACUUCCCACGUGCAUCACACUUUAUUAAACAUUUUUUCCCGUUUUUGCAAGACUACGACGUGAAAUUGCCUUAUUUUGUGUUUUAAGGAGGACGUAAACAAACAACGACGAAAUUUUAUUUCAAUGUCUUUCUGAGCCUGGAUAGGGUCGCUUGAAAUUCAACUUCAGGCGGGUUUGCUUACAUUUGACAAAGUAAGUGUGUAGGAAUAAUCGCUAUAAAGACUGAAAGAAUGCAAAUUCACUUUUUAAGCGACGUUCUCGUUGCCGUCGCGUCGUUGGAUCUUGAAGUCCCUAAUAAAGCUUAGAGACUAGGUAAGUCCUUAGUCUUAAUUCCUCGUUGUGUUUGGUAGUUUACACAGGUGCAUCAGUUGCAGUGGGCCUGGCACGAGUUGGAUCAACCAAUCAAAGGAUAGUAUGCGGCACUAUGGAGGAACUGUUAUCACAUGACCUUGGUCCACCGUUACACUCGCUUGUUAUUCCAGGACACUUGCACUUUUUAGAAAAAGACAUGCUUAGAAUGUUCGCUCUUAAUCCCAGCGUACUGGAUGAAAGAUGACAUAUAAAGAACCUUACAAGGAAGGCUGUAUUUAUGAAGCUGUAGCAGAUCCAAUUCUUUAGUAAUUACUUGAGUCAUG